CGUUUUUGGCUCUGUCACCACUUUUUUUACUGUUAUCGCUAUCGUGGUACUUUCGUUUGCGGAUCUUUCAAAUGUUGUUAACUCCCCUGAUCCGCCCUCGUAUAGUAUAGUUGUAUUUACGGGACUCCCCAUUGCACUCGCUUCAAUCUCAUUUUCAUUUGGAGGAAAUUGUGUUUUUCCUCAUAUAGAAGAGAAUAUGAAAAAUAAAAAAAGUUGGAAUAUAGUCGUUGGAUUGGCUUUGGCAACAUGUGCAGCUAUGUAUGCAAUAAUCGCUUUUGCUGGAUAUUAUGUGUAUGGUGAUGAUACAAUGAGCCCUGUUUUUCUUAAUUUACCUAAAGGUCUAGUGUUGACAAUAGCGACUUUAUUUAUGACAAUACACGUACUUACAACUGCUCCGAUUUAUUUGACAUCUUUUGCCAUUGAAGUUGAACAAUAUUUAAAAAUCACACGUGAAUUUUAUUCUCCUUGGGCCGAACUUGCUCUUCGCGCUUUGUUCCGAACUGGUCUUAUUGUUAUAUGUACAGGAAUCGCCAUAUCGCUAUUUGGAUGGAAAAGUAUGUCUAUUUGGGCAUUGUUAUGGAAUAUAUUUGUGAUGGUAGUAGGAAUUAUUGGUUGUAUAAUUGGAUCCACUGAUGCGAUAUUAGCUCUGUUGAGAGAUUUUCGCGAGAUGGAUACCAACAAUUAA